AUGGUCUCGCUCCCCGCAGCCGCGAACUGGACGGACGGGGGAACAGCGGGUGCGGACGCCGGGAACCCGAGUGCCGCGCUCGAGGCUGGGGCAGCCGCGGGAGAGGCUGAGCCUGAGUGGCUGCAACUCCUCGUCCAAGCCGGCAAUCUUUCCGCUUCCUCCUCCACGCUGGGACUGGCCGCGGCCUCCGCGGCGCCUUCGCAGUUCCGGGCCAACCUCACCAACCAGUUCGUGCAGCCGUCUUGGCGCAUUGCGCUCUGGUCCCUAGCAUACGGCGUGGUGGUGGCCGUGGCGGUCUUCGGGAAUCUCAUCGUCAUCUGGAUCAUCCUGGCCCACAAGCGCAUGCGGACCGUCACCAACUACUUCCUCGUGAACUUGGCUUUCUCCGACGCCUCCAUGGCCGCCUUCAACACCUUGGUCAACUUCAUCUAUGCGCUUCACAGCGAGUGGUACUUCGGCGCCAACUACUGUCGCUUCCAGAACUUCUUUCCUAUCACAGCGGUGUUCGCCAGCAUCUACUCUAUGACAGCCAUUGCAGUGGACAGGUAUAUGGCCAUUAUUGAUCCCUUGAAACCCAGACUGUCUGCAACUGCAACCAAGAUUGUCAUUGGAGGCAUUUGGAUUCUAGCAUUUCUACUUGCCUUCCCUCAGUGUCUUUACUCCAAAACCAAAGUCAUGCCGGGCCGUACUCUUUGCUAUGUGCAAUGGCCAGAAGGUCCCAAACAACAUUUCACUUACCAUAUUAUUGUUAUUAUACUGGUGUACUGUUUCCCAUUGCUCAUCAUGGGUAUCACAUACACCAUUGUUGGAAUCACUCUCUGGGAAGGAGAGAUCCCAGGGGACACCUGUGACAAGUAUCAUGAGCAGCUAAAGGCUAAAAGGAAGGUCGUAAAAAUGAUGAUUAUUGUCGUGGUGACAUUUGCCAUCUGCUGGCUGCCCUAUCAUAUUUACUUCAUCCUCACCGCGAUCUAUCAACAACUAAAUAGGUGGAAAUAUAUUCAGCAGGUCUACCUGGCUAGCUUUUGGCUGGCAAUGAGCUCAACCAUGUACAACCCCAUCAUCUACUGCUGUCUGAAUCAGAGAUUUCGAGCUGGCUUCAAGAGAGCAUUCCGCUGGUGUCCUUUCAUCAGAGUUUCUAGCUAUGAGGAGCUGGAGCUCAAGACCACCAGGUUUCACCCGACUCGGCAAAGCAGCCUGUACACUGUGACCAGGAUGGAGUCCAUGACAGUGGUGUUUGACCCCAGUGAUGCGGAUAAGACCAAAUCCAGUCGGAAGAACAGAGUGCCUCCAAGAGACCCAAGCUUCAACGGCUGCUCCCGCCGGAAUUCCAAAUCUGCCUCCACCACUUCAAGUUUCAUAAGCUCACCUUAUACUUCUGUGGAUGAAUAUUCCUAA